AUGACAGGUGACCAAGGGCCCUACAUUUGUCCCCUGGGGAUGUCGUGGCGGCCUGUGUGGACGUUCGCUCUCCGAAGCCAAGUGGCAGCAAGUCUUUAUGUGUCUGUUGCUUCAGACUUCUCUCCGGCCUGCUCGGGGGGCGGCCCCCCAGCUGUCACGUUGUCCCUUUGUGACAGGGAUCUCCCGCAUUUAGCCAGUUGGAAUCUGGCAGAGGCAGGACCGAAACCUACACGUCCCAGUGUGGAGUCAGGGUUGACCCUGUCGUUGUCACCUUUGUCACCUCCUGGUCCAACAAAAGAAAUGAGGAGACUGCAAAGCUUGUUAUUUAACCGAGGCGACCCUUUCAGCAAACAGGAUCUAAUUAUGGCACCCACUGGAAGAAAGGGAACGGGGAGACCUGGGAGACGCGUGGUGAAGGAUCAGGAUAGAGAAGCCUCUGGCACAGAAGAUAAAAAAGAUCUGAGUGGUUCCGAGCAGGACGGGAAGGAGGAAGGAAAGAGUCCAAUAACUGAUAAGAAUGGAAGAAAAAGACCAUCUGCAGGCUCAAUUGAGGACGAGCUGGGGGACGAAGUACAGGAUUUGUUGGAAAGAUUUAAAGCUGACAUUCAAAAAACUCUUAUUGCAAAGAGAAGAAGAUUUGAAAUGAAUACCAAUGCUUCUGUCAAAAAUAAUAAUGAGAAAAUUGAGCAUGUUUGGAAAACCCAAAAAGAGCAAUGGCAGAAGCUUACUCAUGGAUACUCUCAGCAGUUUCUGGCUUUGUUUCGGCAGUGGGAUAUAGAUAUGAAGAAAGCUGAGGAACGAGAAGUAAAACUAACUGUUAUGUUUCGACAGCAGCAAAGGAUUUUACAACAAACUAGAAUUCUUCAGAACCAGACACUGAAAGCAGUCAAAACUCUUUAUGAGCAAUUUCUGAAGAACGUUGAGGACAUGGAGAAGAAUCAUGAAAACGUUCUUAUUCAAGCACAGAGUGAACUUAGAAAAGACAUGGCUUCACUGCAAAACAAAAUUUUAAUGGAAGCUCAACGGCAAGAGAUGGCGAUUGUCCGAAAGACUCUUCCAUCCCUGUUCUUCUGAUGACCCUUUGAAGAAAGAGCUAGAAUAGUAACAUGACAGUUCUAAUGUUAGCUACGUAAAGCCACCUUACAGUGGUGUAAACAUUCUAAUUUAAAUUACUGCAU